AUGCUUCGGAGACUUGGCGGCUAUGUAUCGAAUAAAUGGGACACACUACGAAGCAUCCCAGAAUACGACCACCAGUUCCCAAUCUUUGGUCUCGACGCUGCCGGGAAAUCAACCCUCCUCUACCGCCUCUUCUACUCUGAGCAUGUCCUCGCCCUCCCCGACCACAACUUUCGGGUUGAGACCGUCUCUGUCUGGCUGCACGAGCGCUUGGAUGGCAAGGAGGACGAAGAUGGCAUAUCCGGGGGACUGAUGCUACCACGGGCGAAGGGCUUGUUGAGGGUCUGCUCUGGCUGGAUGUGCAACUCCGAGGAGGGCGUCCGCAGCCAGGAGUAG